AUGUGGAGCUCGAAUAAACUUCAAACCAAACGUGCUAAGCUUAAGGCUUGGUCAUCUUCCCACCAUCAACAAUACAUGGAACGAUUUCAACAGCUAAAUAAUACCCUGCAUUGGUUCCUACUCAUCUCCGUAUUGGCAAAUACAUUGCCCAUCACUAUUCUACCUGGCUGCCUCAAUAGAUUCUACCGAUUGCUCCAUUUAUGUUGGAUGAUUUUCGCUUAUGGAUGUUUCUCUUUGGUUUGUUACUGGGAAUACGUGCUCGUCACUUUACAAAGGGUUUCCCUCGAUCGCUAUCUGAAUGCCAUUGAAUCUGGAAUCUAUGUGAUCCAUAUUUUCAUCAUUAUGUUACUCACUUGGCAAGGAAGAAAGUGGAUGCCAAAAGUCUUAAAGGAUAUUGUUGAAUCCGAUAUGGAAAGGGUUUAUCCCAUAGAUUCCAAGAGAACCAAGAAGUUUAUUAUGCUGCAGCUGCUCCUAGUCUCUAUUUUUACUUGUCUAGCCUUUGUCUUUGAUAUUUGGAGCAAGAGUGGUGUGUUCUUGAGAUCUAUCUUGAGUAUUAACAACUAUGUGAUGCCUAAUAUCAUAAGCAGCUUAUCAUUUAUUCAGUACUACCUCCUGCUUCAAGGAAUCGCGUGGCGUCAGAGGAAAGUAACCGAAAAUCUGGAGUGGGAAUUGUUGCAAUCACUUAACCCACGGAUCGCGGAGGUUCAAAGAUUUCGCCUCCAGCAUACAAAUUUAACCAAGUUCACCAAACUGGUUAACAGAACGUUUCAGUACUCAAUUGUUCUCCUCUUCGUUGGCUGUUUCUUGAAUUUUAACCUUGUGUUAUUUUUCCUAUACCAGGGGGUUGAAAACCCAGACUUGGCCGACUUGGCCAAGUGGUUAUACAUGAUUAUAUAUCUGUCCAUGCAUUUGGGAAAGGUUUUCAGCAUCCUUUACUUCAAUCACAAUAUUCAGAAUGAGCAGUCCAAAUGCUUGGCCUUGUUAAAUGGAGUGUCAUGUACUGGCAGUGAUCUUCAGGAGACUAUAAACCAUUUUAUUCUCCAAAUGCGGACGAAUGUGCGACAGCAUGUGGUGGGUGGAGUCAUCGUACUAGACCUGAAGUUUAUAACUGCUUUGCUAGUGGCCUCUGCCGAUUUCUUCAUUUUCUUGCUGCAAUACGAUGUCACUUAUGAGGCUUUGUCUAAAUCUUCGCAAGGAAACACUACUAAAACAUAG